AUGGGCAGUUACAAGUCUUGGUUUUUUCAUUCUAUUGUCAAGAGGAACACAAGGAGAAAUUUCAUAGAAAAAGUGCUCAAGGAGGAUGGAUCAUAUACUGAGAAUCAACAUCAGGUUGCGGAGGAAUUUAUUCAAUUUUACACUCAGCUGUUAGGAUCGAGCAGUCCAGUUCAGGCCUUGGAUUCGGCUAUCAUAAGGGAAGGCCCCUUGGUCUCUUUGGAGCAAGCAAGCACCCUUACUCGGGAUAUUACUACACAGGAAAUUAAAGAUGCUCUUUUUAGCAUUGGAGAUGACAAAUCCCCGGGACCUGAUGGCUAUACUUCGUGCUUCUUUAAGAAGUCUUGGGCCAUUGUUCAAAGUGAUUUUGUGGGAGCUAUCAAAGAAUUAUUUACAUCGAGUUGGUUACUUAAGCAAAUGAAUAACAUGGUCAUUGCUUUGAUACCCGAAUCUAGCCACUCAAAUGCUGUUGGAGACUAUAGACCCAUAGCGUGUUGUAAUGUAUUUUACAAUGUCAUCACUAAAAUCCUAGCCUACAGAUUGGGUCCUAUUUUAGUAGAUAUUAUUGACCAAGCACAGGCCACUUUUGUCGAGGGAAGAAGCAUGGUGGAGAACAUACAUCUUCCCCAAGAAUUAUUGAGACAAUACAAUCAAAAAAGCGUUUCUCCUAGAUGUGUGUUUAAAAUUGAUUUGAGAAAGGCUUACGACUCCAUUAGUUGGGAGUUCCUUAAAGGAAUACUUCAAGGAUUGUGCAUUCCCACAAAGUUUGUUAAUUGGGCCAUGGAAUGUGUUACCACACCGAUGUACUCUAUUGCAUCAAAUGGGAGUCUUCAUGGAUUCUUCAAAGGUGGAAGAGAUAGUGAAUUUAAUUUCCAUCCUAAACAUGGUCCCUUAAAGAUUACACAUCUAGCUUUUGCGGAUGAUUUGAUGCUCUUUGCUAGAGGAGAUGUCUUGUCGGUUAAAAUCCUCGUGCAAUGCUUGAAUAUCUUUGGUACCACAUCGGGUUUAAAGAUGAAUAUCUUAAAAUCCAGCCUUUAUACAGCUAGAAUUCAUGGUGUGGAACUUGAACAAAUCCAAGAACUCACUAGUAUGUCGAAGGAUACCACGCCCUUUCGUUAUUUGGGAAUAGCAGAAUUAAUUGGGCAGUUUGCUAAAGAGUGGAAUGUUUUUUAUCGUCCAUUUUCCCUAUAA